UACAGGCGCGCUUCUAUAUGUAGCGACCUGGAAGUGAUCAGACAUUAAAAUCAUACGGCACCGACACCCACGGCUCUAUCUCUCCCUCCCUCCCCCUCUGGCUCACCAGAUGGAAUAACGUGUCUCAAUUCCCGCGAGAGAACCCCCGAGGGCGGUGAAAGCAGGGCCGAUAUUUGGAGGGGAAAAGUUGCAGUGGUGCAUGCUUUGUAUGGUUCGAUUUUUUUCUUCCUCACAUUUUUACAUUUUGUAAACACGUUCGGAUGAUAUUGUCAGCAUCUUGACUUUCUUGUGAACGUGUGUGCGUGGGAGUGUGUACAAAAAACACGCGCGCUCUGGUCGUGAUUUGUUAAAGAAGAAAAAUAUAUAUACAUAAUCCAAAAUCUCGCUACCAUGGGAUAAAGAAAGACGUUCAACUGAGCUGCUGGAUUCAGCGAUUGCACCCUAGGAGCUUUCAGAAUGCCUGUCAGGAGAGGGCAUGUGGCCCCACCAAAUAUCUUCAUUGACACCAUAAUCCGGAAAUUUGACGGUCAAAAUCGGAAUUUUGUGAUUGCCAAUGCUCAAAUCGAGACAUAUCCCAUCAUCUUUUGUAAUGAUGGUUUCUGUGAGCUCACCGGUUUUUCGCGGGCGGAAGUUAUGCAGAAGUCGUGUUUGUGCGAGUUCCUCCAUUGUUCAUCUACCAGUACCUACUCAGUUCUACAAAUUAAGGAGGCUCUGCAGGGGACGGAAGAAAAACAGGUGGAAAUCAUGUACAGUCGCAAAGAUGGUAGCCGUUUCCUCUGUAGUGUGCUGUUUGCACCUGUAAAGAAUGAGCAGGGAGAAAUCAUUAUGUUCAUUAUUAACUAUGAAGACAUCACCGAUGCUCCCCUGCGGAAUGAACUGGCCAAAAAUUUUAAAAAUAAUUGCUGUGCUGGAUCAUCCUCUGGUCGACAUCGCAGCUUCAAACUUCGCCUGCCCUCCAUUCGCCGCGACAUCACGUGUAGAAAUAAGUGUAUCAAUGGCAAGGAUCCAGAGGAUCCCAGGGAAAGGGAAGACCACUCAGGCUCCCAGCAGCCGACUCCAAGGAGCUCCCUACCCCCAAACUCACCCCUCACCUCAGCCCGGACUGGGGAGGGUCAGAAAGAGAUGGGUAUCCCCCGACGGGCCUCAUCCAUGGAGGCCCUGGAUAAACAAGGGGUGGGGAAAUCUGAGUCGCAGAACUCUGUGGAUGGUAGUCGCCGAAAACUUCGCCGCCCUAGAGCUAAUACAAUUUGUUCAUGGGGCGUGGGGCACCUGUUCCGUGCCAAUGUCAUCAACCAAGCAUCCAGUGACUCGCAGCUCGCCAAAAACCGCACCAAGUUCUCGGACAGCCUGAACGACAUGGACUGGGAACCAGGCAAUGACAGAGACGGACCAGCCAAGGAUAACCGCGGACCCAUCUUUCUGCCCAACGUGGCAAAUAUGAAACACAAUGUGUCUGAGAAAGUGGCCCAGGAUUUAGGAAGCCUUGAAGUUUUUUCUGCGGAAAAGGGACCCCUGCAGCCACCACUUGAAGGUGGAGUUUAUCCAGAGGGUGGAGAUUUAAAUGCAGGGAUCGGAAUGACUCCGGAUGACAAAUUUAGUCUUGUCCGCAAAUUAAGCGACAAUCCAGUCAAAAUAAUGAACGAAGCUAUGACAUUUUUGCGUGGACGUAAACCUACGGUUCUCUCCCUUGGAGCUGAUGUCCUGCCGGAGUAUAAGCUGCAGUCUCCCAGGAUACACAAAUUCACCAUUCUACAUUACUCUCCUUUCAAGGCUGUCUGGGAUUGGAUAAUUCUCCUACUGGUGAUCUACACGGCCAUUUUCACCCCGUACUCUGCUGCGUUUGUCCUGAGUGAGGAGAAGAAAAAACCGUCCAAUCAGAGCAUCCAAAGCCGCUACAGCGAUCCCCUGACGGUCAUCGACCUCAUUGUGGAUAUCAUGUUCAUCGUCGACAUCCUGAUUAAUUUCCGCACGACCUACGUAAAUAAGAACGAUGAGGUGGUCAGUGACCCUGGGAAGAUAAUGGUCCACUACUUCAAGGGGUGGUUCCUCAUUGAUGUGGUGGCUGCCAUUCCAUUUGAUCUUUUACUGUUUGGAUCAGAAACUGAUGAGACCACAACUCUUAUUGGACUUCUAAAAACUGCUCGCCUUUUGAGAUUGGUCAGGGUUGCUAGGAAGCUUGACCGCUACUCGGAGUAUGGAGCAGCCGUUCUGAUGCUUCUUAUGUUGGUCUUUGCUCUCAUCGCCCAUUGGCUGGCUUGUAUCUGGUACGCGAUUGGGAACAUGGAACGGCCCAUGCUAGGGGAUCUGAAGAUCGGCUGGCUGGACGAACUGGCUGAACAGACUCACCAGAAAUACGUCAACGGAACGGGAGGACCGACGAUAAAGUCCAAAUACGUCACUGCACUGUAUUUCACAUUUAGCAGUUUAACCAGCGUGGGUUUUGGGAAUGUCUCGCCAAAUACAAACUCCGAGAAGAUUUUCUCCAUUCUCAUCAUGUUAAUUGGAUCCUUGAUGUAUGCCAGUAUCUUUGGUAACGUUUCCGCCAUCAUCCAGCGCCUAUACUCUGGUACCUCAAGAUAUCACGUCCACAUGCUGCGGAUUAAGGAGUUUAUCAGAUUCCACCAGAUUCCCAAUCCGCUGCGACAGAGACUGGAGGAGUACUUCCAACAUUCCUGGUCCUAUACGAAUGGCAUCGAUAUGAACAUGGUGUUGAAGAGUUUCCCGGAAUGUUUACAGGCAGAUAUCUGUUUACAUCUGAAUAAAAACCUCAUCAAUAAUUGUCCUGCCUUUACAGGGGCUAGUCCUGGAUGCCUUCGGGCUUUGUCAAUGAAAUUCAAGACGACACAUGUUCCUCCUGGGGACACUUUGGUCCACCGGGGGGACGUACUAACGGCGCUGUACUUCAUAUCCCGGGGCUCAAUAGAAAUCCUGAGAGAUGACAUAGUCGUGGCAAUAUUAGUUGCAGGGAAGGAUGAUAUAUUUGGAGAGAAUUUGUGUCGCUACGAGACAGUGGGAAAGUCGAGCUGUAAUGUACGAGCUUUGACCUACUGCGACCUUCACAAGAUUCACCGUGAUGACCUUCUAGAGAUCCUUGACAUGUAUCCAGAGUUCGCAGAACACUUUGUCAAAAAUCUAGAAGUGACCUUUGACCUUCGUGAUGUUGACUUGGAUGGUCGUCAAGAUGAGAGCUCCAAUGCUCGGGCAAAUGCUUUCUGGAAGAGGAAGAACAUCCGAUCCUAUCAUUCUGAUUCUGCUAGUCUAGGGCGAGAUGAGCAGCCCCAUGAGUUUAAUUUCCAGCCAUCUCGGGCUCGUCGCCUACGUCGAGAUAGACUUGCAGAGGAUGGUCCAACUGUGUCAAUGUCUUUUGACGACUCUUCAGACGAGGAGAUUCGAGAAAGUGGGGCAGGGAUCCUGGAGUUUUCCCCAGCCAAGGCAGGACUUGACGUCACUCCGGCAAAGUUUUCCGAGUUUAAAAGAAAAGAGGAAAGGAGACAACCAUCAGGGUUUUCAUCUUUUGCAGGAGCUUUUGCCAAUGUCAACAACUUGGUCAGUGCUGUCACCGGUCGCUGUGAUGCGGGAAAGUCCAGUGAUCCGGAUAUGACCCCCCUCUUGGAGGACCACAAAGUUCAGCCUAAGACACAGUCCAGUUCCAGUGUGCCAAAGUCAACCUCCUCCAUGACGAUUCCCAUCUCCAGCCCCUCCCCCCUCUCUGAUGACCUCCCCCACCCCGGGGGCGACCACAGACCCCUCAUUCCACGACCGUCUUUCACCCAAUCAGAACAUUCACAGCACUCCCAGGAAAUGGAGAGGAGACUGGAGGAUUUGACCAGACAACUGACUCGCCUGGAGAACAAGAUGAACUCUGACAUCUCCAUGAUUCUCCACAUCCUACAAUCCCACAAUGCAGGCCGCGGUUACCAUGGUGAUGGAGCUACCACACCUAUGUCUGACCACCCACCCCCAAACUACAGCCAUGUCAACAGUCCCUCGGACUCGGAGGAGAAAUUCUCACACAGCCAGUCUCUCCACAGGCAAGACAGGGUUCAAGAAGCAACUGAUGAGUCACCAUGGGAACAGCGCAGAGUGGCAAACCUACCGUUAACAGCUGGUCAGGUGACCUUAUCCGAGAGGUCAAAGUCUGCCAGUUCUUCCCCAAAUAAGGACAGUGUCGCAGACAAUCAGCCAAAUUUGGAGCGACUCCUUCCAUCCCCUGACACAAACUUGGAGCAAAGUCCCAGCAGGGAAGUCAAAGCUCCUUUGGUGGAAGAAGAACUUUCACUCUUGGGACCAGAGUUGCCUGUCCCUGUUGUGGAGGAAGAGUUAUCCUCCUUGGCUCAGGAGAGGACAGAAUGUGGAGGAGGUGAUAGAAACAAUGAAGCUGCAUGUGAUAUGGAAAAGAGUGAGGUCAAAAGUUCAGGGGUCACGGAGUCAGGGAUUACACAAUCAGGGGGAGAUAAUUCAGUGGACAAUCAAACCAAGGACUCAAAACAGUCAGACUCGGCCAAACCAUCAGGAAUCACAGCCAGUGGUCAGCUGUAUUCUGACCUUUCACCUCAAACCAGAAGGAGGCUGGGGAUUCCCCUGGAGCUUGAUCACAAGCAGACUUUUGUGUGAACUGAAUUCAUUAUCAGAGUGUAUUAAACAGUGGCCAAAAUUUUUAUUUGUCUUUUGUUGAAAGCUAGUAUAAAUAUGGGUAUUUUGUAUACUGAUUUCAUACUUUUUCUGUGAACUGUUAUUAUCUUAUUAAGUUUGAAUUAUGGGAAAAAUGUUGAUAUGAACUAGCAAUUAAAAAAUCUCUCUGUUGCACUGCUUAACUAUGUGUGGCUAUAGAAAAAAAUAAUGAUAUGCAGGAACUAGGUAAAUCUCUGUAUGAGAAUAACAACAUUAACAAUGGUAACAUGUAUAUGAGGCUAUGAAUGUUGCAUCCUGUAUUUUGAAGUGUUAGAUUUUUUAGUAGACCAAGAAAAAAUAAAGCGAAAUAAACCUCAA